UAUUACGAUAAAAAAAUAGGAAAUCCAAUUUCGUUUUGUGAAAUAUCCAAAGCCUAUUUUUAGUCAAAUGAUCUCAUAAGCUUAUAACUGUUUACAUCUUGUUUUCAUUUAUUAAAUUGAAUUAUAGAAGAGCUGACGUUUCCCAAAAAUGUCAUCCAAUACAGCAAAGUUUGUUCCAAAAUUCAAAAGAAAGAAGGCCAAAAGGGACAAAGAUGAAUUUUUUGUCAACAAUAAGAAUGACAUCAGUAUUGUUAAAAAGUAUAAGGACAAAAUCGAGAGAAUGUACCCAGUUCAGAUUCAGCUUGAUGCAAAAUGUGAAGGAGGACAGUGGAUUCUUGUGUUCGGAGAACAUGUGGACAAACGAAACGCGAAGAAUUACAUCCAGGCAAUUUGCAAUCCAGGUGAAAGGAAAGUUGUGGAGUUCCCUCAGUCUGCUCUGAAAGAACUCACAGAUCCACAGACGCUGGAAUAUAUUGAAGCUAAAACAAAUGCAUUUAUCAGACCUUUAGAGAAAAUUGCUGAGUUUGAAAUAUCAGGAACUGAACUUGCAGUAACCUUAGCAUUAUCAGAAAUUGAAGAGUUGGCCGGCUCCGCUGUGAAAGAAAGAAGUGGAGAAGUGACAGAUGAACAAACUGAUGGUGGUGUUAUUGAAAUAUCACCUUUGAAAGGUAACACUAAGAAGAGAUUGUCAGACCAACUCCAGAGGGCUUUGUCAAACCACAGUGAUGGUAUUUGCAGCGUAGAUGAUUACAAAGAGACAAGUGCUGCAGUCCAGAGAGUGCUGGUUAAUUGCCUGGAAGAUGAAGAUAAUGACAUUGAUGAUGAUGACUUGUUUUCUGAUGGUAAAGAUGGUGGCAAAGAUUUCUCACAGACAUUUCAAGUGAAAAUUUAUGAUGAUGAACCUGAUAGCUCCGAAAGCUUUAAAACAUGUGAUGAGUAUGACAUUAAACCAACUACUGAUGUGCUUGAGAUAAGUCGAAAACUAGGUUCUACUAGUUUGUCCAAGUCACAAAAGUCUGAAACCCCAGACAUUAAACCAACUACUGAUGUGCUUGAGAUAAGUCGAAAACUAGGUUCUACUAGUUUGUCCAAGUCACAAAAGUCUGAAACCCCAGACACAGCAAAAGCUGACCAGGCAUUAAAUGAACAGCAAGAAUAUUUGAGAUCUUUUGGACUUAAUUUAGGUUUUAAUGAUCAAGAUGUUAACCAUGCUUUGAAUAUGAUCGAUGAAAAAACAAGACCAUCAGAUUUUUUUGAUUUGUUGAAUAUUGUAAAGCAGCAGACAGGGAAUGAUUCAACAGUUGCUGAUAAUACAAACCAUGAACUUGACACUAGUGGUGAUGACGUGAUCAUUGAAGGUGAAACCAUUGAGUAUUUUACCAAGGAAAAAAGUACAGAAGAGGUUUCCAACACUGUCAAAGGUGCAUCAGCAGCUGACAGCAGUAAGAGUGAGCAGACAACAUUACCAGAAACUUACAAGGAAAGACUGAUGAUGGAUUUCUUUCAAGAAGAUGAUACUUGUGACAUUGAAGAGUUAAAAAGGAGAAAUGCAGAAAGACAGAAGCUCUUAAAACUAAAUUUUGAGAAGCAAGGACAGGCAGAAAAUCAAAUAGAAAGUAAAGGUAAAAAGAAGAGGAGAGGGAAGCAGAAAAAGAACAAACAGCAGAGUAGUUCAGGGGAAUGUGCCCCAAUGGCUGUAUGUGAGAAUAGUACAUUCUCAAAUGACAUGGAGCAGACGUGUAGGCUAAGAAUAUGGUCUGAUGAUGACAGUGGGAAAAUAACUGGUGAAAAUAAUGCCUCUGAACUGGAUGAAUUCAGAACGCCAAAUAACAGGAAAAAUAGAUCUCAGUCAGCUGGUAACCAACAGCAGGAACAGCAAAUGUCUCUGCAAUAUGGAAAAGGUCGAGGUCAAAACCCUCAGGGAUGGCACAGUUCACAAAACACACCCAAUAAACCAACCCAGAGGGGCAACAGCUAUUCGGAAGUAGCUCAGGGGAAUAAGAGAUAUGGUUCACCUGGUCGGGCUCAGUUUGGGUCUCCAGGUAAAGGGCAAAGACAGUACCAGAAACCCAUGCAGGUCGUGAACCCUGUCAAUGUUGUGGGUCAGGCAAGGGUAGAGGCUCCUCAGGGAGUCGUGAAACCAGCAGAACUCAGAUACAUAGUCAUUGAUGGCUCCAAUGUUGCAAUGACGCAUGGAAAUGGCAAGGAGUUUUCCUGUAAGGGUAUCCAGGUGUGUGUCGACUACUUCAAGCAACGUGGUCAUCAAAAGAUCACUGUGUUUGUUCCGAACUGGCGUAACUGUCAUCCGAGCCCGGAGAAUAUGAUAGUGGAUCAGCAUAUUCUGAAGGAACUGAAAGAGGAUGGAACUAUGGUCUUCACCCCGUCCCGACGUAUUGGAAGAAAACUGGUUGCUGCCUAUGAUGACAGGUUCGUGGUAGAGCUUGCUGAGGCGGAGGAUGCCAUCAUCGUGUCCAACGACCAGUACCGGGACCUCAUGACGGAGAAGGCCACGUGGAAAACAAUCAUUGAAACCAGACUACUGAUGUACAGUUUUGUGCGUGAUCGGUUUAUGCCGCCCAAUGACCCCCUAGGAAGAGAUGGUCCCUGUCUCGACCAGUUCCUUACUGUAACACAGGACACACCCAGGCAUUUCCAUGGAUUUUAUCAGCCACGUCAAAAUUACAAGCAAUAUAACCAAAGAGGAAACUAUAACCAGCAAGGUCAAGGUCAAAAUCAAGGUCAAGGACAUUAUACUAAGGGGGAUAAUUAUGGUCAGGACUACGGUCCAGGCUACAGACAACCAUAUCAGGGACAGAGGAUACAACAACAGCAGGUUGACAAUAACCAAGAAGAAACUGACGGGCCUAUGGAGGCUAGUCAGCGUCAGGCAAGAAGCCCGUUUAAAAGUCAUGGACAAAGUGUGAGGGGAGAACUCAGAACAGACAGGGAAACAGACCAGUUACAGAAGGACUUGAAAGUGCUGUUCCCGGAGGAAAGUCAGGAUGAAACCAUUAAGAAAGUGCUAUCCAACCACGCCCGGGAAACUGAUCUCACAAGGCUGGCCAAUUACUGUAUGAGUGUGCUGGAUGAAACUCUGUCAUAGCCUUCUUUGAAUGUUUUGUGUUUAAAGCACUCUCAAUAAGCUCUGGUGGCCGGCUAGAUUCGACUGGCAAUUAAGCCGGGUCAAAUUUUUGUCCAAUAAGUAGUAGCUAGUCCAUUUCUUUACUUUUUGAGACGGUUCAACUGAAACUUAUUAAGAACCCUGCUUUUAUUGUAAGCUUUCAUGUGGUUCCCAUGUCAGAUUUACCUGACCAUGUGUGUAAAAAUGUUGAUAUCAGUGGAAGGGUCGAGCAAAAUUAUAACCUUUUGUCAUAACUCUGUCUCAAUAAAAAUUUAAGAUAUUGACAUGAUAAUAAGAAUACAGUUUCCAAUGACAACAUUCAUGUGUAGCAAGAUAAAUCAAUCUGAUUUGAUAUUUGUUUAGAAAUACCCUUUGUCCAACUGAGGGUAAUUCUAGGAAAACAUAUAACCCCCAGUGGGGAAUGCAAUUAUUUGAAUAGUAUAUGGGUGGGUGUCUUUUUCACUUUAUUGGACCCAAAAAAUGUAAAUUUGCUUCUGUAGGGGGUUGGCAUAAUAUAAAAGUGCCUUUCCCCUGGGGGUAAUAUGUUUAAUUGAAUAGCCCUGAGGAAACAUGAAUGAGGUUUGCACUCAUAUUUUGGAAAAAACUCAUUUGGAAAUUUUUGCCACUUAAUUCAAAACAUAUUUUUGUCUUUCUUAUUAAAUAUAGAAAAUGUUAAAAAAGAACAGUAAAAAGCAAUUUUAAGAGGGAAAAUGUUCCUCUGUUUGCCAUAAUUUGUAUACAUGUAUAGCUCAUUUUAUAUAAAUACUUAAUUGUAGAUGUUGCAAAAUAACCUGUAGCACGCAAUAUUUUAAGAAAUCUGCAAUAUAACUGUCAUGCUCACAAUAUGGAGGGUUUUAGCCAAGUUUUAAAAAGGGAAAGGGGGAGAAAGGAGCAUAUUGUGUUGGGCUGUGAUGAACUUGAACAUUAUGAAUUUGACAGAAAAUGUUAGACAUUGUGUUUAACUGGAGUAAUUUAAUAUGUUGACUGUCCAUUACAUCACUUUUGUUUGUAUAUAUACACAGAGUUUAUAUGUCUGUGGUAUGUCAUAAAAUUAAAUUUCACAUAAUAACUACAGUGUAGUCCAUUUGUUUAGAUAUUGUUUUAUACAAGUGUUUCACAUGUACGCAAAAGUGACUGCCAUUUGUAUGCAACCUUUAAUCUGUUGCGGGUUUUUGUGAAUUCCGUUGUAUUUGUUAUAUUGAAAUGCCAUUUGUUGAGUUUUUAGGAAUUAACAGAAGUUUAGAGUGGCACAUACAAAAGCCUUAUCCUUCGCCAUAACUAAAAAACAGUGCCAAGAUAUUCAAAUGAAACCUGAUACACAUGUUGCCAGAGAAAACACACACAUUUACAGCAGGGUCAGUAACUCUGGCUUCAAUAAUUACUGAGUUAUGCCCCUUUCUCAAUCAAAAUCACUUUAGGAUUUGCAUUCGCUCUGCAGCACUUUCAUUUUAGGUUUCACAAUUUGCUCAAAACAUUCUGGUUAUCAUGUAUGUCCAGGCCUUUUCCUAUAGUACCCAUAGUUCUGACUAAAAAUAUAUAAUUUUUUAAAUAGAAGUAUUUUUACGUGUACUGUUUCAUUCAACAUUCUUAUAAAUUAUGUUAUGGAAAGUUUUGGAGAUACAGUCGAAACUCGUUGGCUCGAUAUCUCAUGGCUCGAUAUCCUCGUUGGCUCGAACCAAAUUAAAAGGACCGAUUUUUAUUUACUCUUUGUUUAUAUAAAUUGCGAUCGGAUGGCUCGAUAUCUUGAGGGUCGAUAUUUCUCCACGCUCAAAGUCGUUUUCGUGGUCCCAAACAAGUAUUUCACACUUCGAUUUGUUUGCUUGGGUCGAUGUCAUUUUCGCGGGUUCAGUUAAGAAUCUUGCACCUUGAUUUGUUUGAUUGGCUUCAAUUAGCACAAGGUGUCAAUGGAUUAAAAUUGCUUGACUGAUACUAUAAUUAUUAUCGAAUUUAAAUGGUUUAACAGUUUGAAUAAACAUGCCAUCAAUUUAAGUUCUGUCUCUAAUUGUUAUCCAUCCCUAAAUUACUAUGCAUUUUGAUAUAACUUUUCAGCUAUGUUUAUGUUACCCACUGUUUACAAUUGCUUGUUUCCGCAUAAAUGUAUUUUUAUUAUAAAUAAAAAAAUAAAAUGAUAUUUUCUAAUAAUCGAUAAAGUCAUUUUACGAAAUUGAGGGUGCGAAUUAUGCCCAAUAAAUACUCUUCCUUCUCUUGCGGAGAUAGCGUAACCAAUAACAAACAAGGAAAAUAAGACUUUAUGUAACAAAUGAAAAAAUAACAUUCUGUAAGCAAUCCCGCUUGGCUCGAUAUUCUAGAGGCUCGAAGCACUUUGGCCGGUCCCUAGAAUAUCGAGCCAUCGAGUUUCGACUGUAAUUGAAUUCAGAAAUCAUUGAUUUUCAUCACAUUCAGAGAUCAGUAUGCAAUAUUAUCUGUCAUGAAUUAUUGCAAUAGAUAUUUACACCCAAGGAUUGACAUUUCACCCUUUUCAUGUCUUUUAAAAGGGAAAAGAAAUUAAUAUUUAAAAAUUUUCUCAUUUGCUGGAGACUGAAAAGCUUGUUCUUUUAACUUAAAAAAUUCCGAAUUUAGGCAUAUUUCCCGAAUCAAAAUUUCCCAAAAUGUCAAGGGUAUUUUCCCCAAAAUGGGCAGAAAAAGCCCUGAUGUCCAGGUAUCUGGAAACAAUUAGCCUUCCUGUGUAUAUUAAUUAACAUAAUCAUUACAGAUGAACAUAAAACUACUUCUAUUCAGUUUCAUUGACAUUUUCAGAAGAAAUGAAUCAGGGAAACAGAUGAAUUUCACAUUUAUUCUUAGAUAACAUGUACAUGAAUUUUAUAGCUUUACAAUUUGCCAGUUUGUUUUUAUAAUAUACUGUAUAUAUGUUUUUAAUGAGAAUUCAUUGUUUUAAACUACUUACAUGUAUAUUGUUUAUAUGUGAUUUGUUAUGUUAGGGAAAUGUUGUAAUAAAACUAAAAUUAUGACAAAUCUUCUUAGUUGAAUAAGCUGUGCUUUUGAUAUGUACAUAAUUUAAUGCAGGAUGAAGAGCUUUGAAUAUUAACCUUACAUACAGUUAUGAAGUCAGGGAUGGGAUUUGU